AUGACCGCGCCAGUUAUAUUGAUCAUUUUCACCAUUUUCGCCACAACUCAAGCGCAAUGGGGUUACGGAAGGUAUAUUUAUAAUCAGAAUACUGGUAAUUAUGCGUAUGGUAUAAGGAAUCCAUAUACUGGCGGUUAUCGGUACGGCUACGCCAAUCCGAACACCGGAGCCUAUGGUGGAGCCCAAGGCUAUCAAGGAUUUGGAGGUCGCUACGGCUACUCGAAUCCAACCACCGGUAAUUAUGCGUAUGGUUACAGUAAUCCAGCAGCCGGCGUUUACGGUCGAACCUAUAAUGUGAAUGGACUUUCUGGUGGACGAGCGUUUGUCUUUGGAAAGAAAUAA